CGCGACUCGGCCCGGCAGGCGGGCACGGCCAGCAGCCCGACCCGCCCAGGCACGCUCCUGUGCAGGCUGCCCCACGCGUGGGCUUCCGGGGCCGGCUGGGCUGGGUCAGCCCCGCCCAUCCGUUCCCUCCGGCGGCCCGCGGAAGAAGGAGAUGUAGCCAAGCAUAAAACACAUCGCUUCUGCUGAACAGGAGCAGUAGCAGACUAUAAGGAAAGAGACAAUGUCUUCUGAAACAGUCCAACAGGGAAGUCAGACACCUCCAACUAAGCAACCUGGAUGGCCAAUGUUAUUUUGUCCCAUCUCCCAAAUUCAAGACAAAGAGAUUGCAAGGAUCCGUAAAGAAUGCAAACAGGAAAGUUUCUGGUACAGAGCUCUUCCUUUAUCUCUUGGGAGCAUGCUUGUCACCCAGGGGCUAAUCUCAAAAGGCAUUUUCUCAGCAAGCCCAAGAUUUGGUCCAUACCCCAAGAUGGCAAUUGCCGGUGGCUUGGGUUUUGCCAUUGGAAAGAUGUCAUACAGGAGAUGCCAAAAAAAGUUUCAGAAAAUGGGUAUUGCACCAUUUGGUUCACAACAAAAAAGGCAUUGUCAUCAUGCUUGCAAAGAAUGUAAAGCAAAACUGGGAUCGAAUGAGAAAGAAGGUUCAAUUCCAUCUUAGUCCCAGAUGUGGUGAACAUGAUAAAAACCUUAUGGAGCAUCUUCUUUCAAGGCACUUUCCUGUAGACUAGAAAUAAUAAUUUUGUGAUUCUAUUUCUUAGAUUUGGUAUAAAUUGACUUAUUUGAAAUAGUUGUAUAUUGUUACUUAGCUCUGUUUGUACUAAAUACCAGUUUUUUGAAAUGCACUUUUUGAAAUACACUCCUGUCUUUCCAGCACAUGUUGGUUGAUUUUCCUGUCUUCAGUGCAAUUUAGCUGUUAAUGCUGAAAAAUUACAUUUGUCUAGUGUAUUUAGAUGCUGGCAAUACUUUGUGUAACAGACAAAGUAGUUUAUGUUGGGAUGUUUGUCUGUGUCAAAUGGAAAGGGUGUGAGGAUGUUUAAAUGGUUUGCACAGGGAAGCAGCUGUUCAGUCUCUGAGCUGACCCCUUGGUUAUGGAGUAUUUUAAGAGUACUAAAUCCCAGGGCAUUGUCAGACUGCAGUUACUGUGCUGAACCAACUUCCCCUAAGCCAGUUUUACACAAAGGUCUGUGUAGCUGUGAGCCUUGCUCAAAAAGACACACAGAGCCACGAAUUUGGGAGAGCAGAAAGCAGCAGGGAGAAUCUCCUGCUUUGUUUAUUCCUUCCUAUUAUAUACUUUCAGCAAGGUGCCCAUGGAUUGGAGAGUGGUGUUCCCACCUCUCAACCACAUUGGUCAAAGGGGCUGUCACACAGUCAUUCCUUUCCAAGGAUAAAAAUGUAAAUAAUGAUAAUAUUUACACAUACACUCUCCUUGUUUAUAUGAACCGAGCAUGAGAAGGUGCAAAACCUUCUACUUAAUAUGAACGCUCAGCAAACUAGGAAAUCUCAUGGUAACAGGUCUGCUUAGCCAGGGAUACCAAAAGUGUGUGCCACAUUCAUGAACAAGAACACACAAUAUUUUGGAACAAUGUAUGGUUGCACAAAGUCUGAGGCCACCAGAUGCUGAAAAACACCCAAACCUAGAUGGCACAUGCUCUCUACAAACAGCAGGACACACAAUCUUCCAUGAAAUCUCUCAGGAAAUCAAAAGCAGGCCCUUCCCCUUAAUACAGUGAUGGCUUUCACAUGGAAAUAAAUGCACAGCUACUGAAAAGUUUGGGCUUCACUGUCAGUCAGUGAAGACUGUCUUCUGUGGGAUUUUUCUGUUUCCUUUUAUACUAUGCCUAUGGUUAGUGCCCCUCUUUUGAACUAGCUUCUGUGGGCAUCUUUACCUGGGCACAAAGAAAUUCUGCAAGCAAAAUAUAUAGUGUGGAAAAGUAUAAUGUGACCAUUAAUUGGUUAGUAAACACAAAAGACAUUGUGGAUUUGACAAAGUGAUUAGACUGAGUGUUCAAUUCCCUGAUAAAGCACUUCGAUGGCCUUUCCUAGCCAAGCAGCCACCAGGCAGAAGGGGAAGGGAUAGACUGACUAGCCUCUCUGUUCUUUACUAUAAGAUUUUAUACUUUUCUACUUGGUGUUUAGCCUCUUGAACUCUUGAGCUGCUAAGAACCCCUGUCUCAGCAGGGGCUUCAAUUUUACACUUGUUACUUUUCUACGGUAUUUUUCCACAGCGUUUUCAAUUGGAGUCAGGGAUACACAGUAGUGCUGCUGCUGUGUCCAGGCAGGUGAGCCUUGGAGAGCCUUCCACAGGGGCUCCAGGGAGAGGGAGUUACACAACCACAGAGAAGACGACCUCCUUUGUGACAAUCAUGGAAUUGUCAUGGGUGUAGUGUGAUAGCCACCGAAACUGGCAUGGUGACAUGUCUGAGCUGCUUCCCCUGCCUCUGUCAUCUGCUGUCAAGGAAACAGCCAGAAGCUGCACCAAGGUUAUUGUGCCUGGGUUAUCUGAGGGAAGCCAUUACACCCAGGAGACACCAAGGACAGUGAGACCUUGCAUGUCCAACUCUCAGAGGCUGUUCUUGUGUCAGUGUUACCUCUUAGGAUUACAACUUAGCUCCUGAACUUUGUUGUAAAUGUAAUUGUGAUAAUUUUUUACUUUUGAUUAUUUUUCUGUAAUAAAUAUCCUGAUGUGUAAAA